CCCCGCCUCCCGUUCCGUGGCGGCUGCUGCUGCUGCUGCUGCUAGAGCUGCUUUCAGAGGCAGCGGCCGUGAUUGGAAUAAUCCGGGCGUUCGCUCGCUCCCGAGAAGCCCCUUCGUCGUCUUCGCUCACCCCUCUACCCAAUUAUAUAUAUAUAUCUGUCGCUCGCGCGCGCCUAGGGCACUCUCAUGCGCACGCGCACGGAUCUGAGGGGAACGGCGAGCCCGGGCGUCGAGUGAGCCGGAGGCGAGAGAGAGAGAGAGGCCUGCGCGCCUGUGUGUUGUGGGGCAGCCCAGCCAGCCUCUCGGCUCCCCGCCUCCUGCCGUCUAGCCCAGAGCCGCGUCGCAAGGCCGAAGCGGCGGUGAGGAGGCGGAGGGCGCCUUCUUCUCCCCUCCCCAAACGACGACCCUCUUGACCCACCUCUGAAGCUCGGACCGCUCCGGUGGGGGCCAGAAAGGAAACCCCUUGGCCAGGAGGAUGACGGGCCCCCGACGCGGCUUUAAAGAAAUAUGCAUUGUUACAAUUUUAUUUUGGAAUUGAUGAAGUGGAAAUACAGAUGAAACAAGUUUGCAGGAUAUCAACUCUACAGCACCAUUUCAUCCCACUCAUCAGCAAAAGAAAACAAAUUGGAAUAAUUAAACCAUUGCUUCAACUGGCCACCAAGUCUUCUAGCAGAUUUUGCUAAACAGUCCAGCUUAGAACUUGUCAAGCAGCAGGGCAAUUUGCCAAAGUUGACAGUGCACAGGAAGGAUUUAUAUUCGAACAAUGAUUUGUCUGAAAGUUUACAUCAGAUUGCUGGGGUUCUAUGCAGUCAUCAUUUCUCAAGUUCAAGGGCAGAAUCUAGACAGCAUGCUUCAUGGGACAGGGAUGAAGACUGAUCCUGAUCAGAAAAAGCAGGAAGAUGGAGUCACCCUAGCUCCAGAGGACACAUUGCCCUUUUUGCAGUGCUACUGCUCAGGGCACUGUCCAGAAAAUGCCAUUAACAAUACAUGCAAAACUAAUGGACAUUGCUUUGCCAUAAUCGAAGAAGAAGAAAAUGGCGAAAUUACACUUGCUUCAGGCUGCAUGAAGUAUGAAGGCUCAGACUUCCAGUGCAAGGACUCUCCAAAAGCACAACCCCGACGGACAAUUGAAUGCUGUCGGACAGAUUUCUGCAAUCGAGAUUUGCAGCCCACAUUACCUCCUCCCAUAAGUCCAGGUGGCAUCUUUGAUGGCAGCAUACGUUGGAUGGCUGCAUUUAUUUCUAUGGCAGUCUGUAUAAUAGUUAUGAUCAUCUUAUUUAGCUGUUUCUGCUACAGGCAUUAUUGCAAGUGGGUAGCAAAGAGAGGAUGUUAUAAUCGUGACCUGGAACAGGGUGAAGCCUUUAUUCCGUCUGGCGAGUCACUUAAGGAUCUUAUUGACCAAUCGCAGAGCUCUGGCAGUGGUUCAGGACUUCCUCUGUUGGUCCAGCGGACAAUAGCCAAACAAAUUCAGAUGGUGCGGCAAGUUGGAAAAGGGCGAUAUGGUGAAGUCUGGAUGGGUAAAUGGCGGGGUGAAAAAGUGGCAGUGAAAGUGUUUUUCACCACUGAAGAAGCCAGCUGGUUUCGAGAAACUGAGAUUUACCAGACAGUUCUCAUGCGCCAUGAAAAUAUACUCGGUUUUAUAGCAGCAGAUAUUAAAGGCACAGGCUCCUGGACCCAACUCUACUUGAUUACUGAUUAUCAUGAAAAUGGGUCAUUGUAUGACUUCCUGAAGUGUACCACUCUGGACAACAGAUCUCUGCUCAAACUGGCUUACUCUGCUGCUUGUGGCCUGUGCCAUUUGCACACAGAGAUAUAUGGAACGCAAGGCAAGCCUGCUAUUGCACACAGAGACCUGAAAAGUAAAAAUAUCUUGAUAAAGAGAAAUGGGACUUGCUGUAUUGCUGAUUUGGGCCUAGCUGUCAAAUUCAACAGUGAUACAAAUGAAGUUGAUGUCCCUUUGAAUACCAGAGUGGGAACAAAGCGUUACAUGGCUCCAGAAGUCCUAGAUGAAAGUCUGAAUAAAAAUCAUUUCCAGCCAUACAUUAUGGCUGACAUCUACAGUUUUGGCUUGAUCAUUUGGGAAAUGGCUCGGCGUUGUGUCACAGGAGGUAUUGUUGAAGAGUACCAACUACCCUAUUAUGAUAUGGUGCCGAAUGAUCCUUCGUAUGAGGACAUGAGAGAGGUCAUAUGUGUUAAGCACCUGCGCCCUAUAGUAUCUAAUAGAUGGAAUAGUGAUGAGUGUUUAAGAGCAAUAUUGAAAUUAAUGUGUGAAUGCUGGGCCCACAAUCCUGCCUCUAGACUUACAGCUUUGAGGAUUAAGAAGACACUUGGCAAGAUGGUAGAAUCUCAAGAUGUUAAGAUUUGACCAAGAAAUGCCAUUGGACUGCUAUGCCUCUUCACUCAAGCAAGUAUAGGGUCUGGUGGGAUGGGGCUGGGUCUGAUUUUCAGCCCCCUUCCUCACCACUUUUACAGGCUGCUAAUAUUAAAUCUUUCAGUACUUUGUAGAAAAUGGUAUCCACGUACACUAUAUGGUAUACAUGUGGAUAGCCUCAUUUUACUUUUUCUGUUUUUGUUUGGAGCUGCGUUGAGAUUUUCUUCAGACUUUCAAACUCCCCUAAAACUCAUUGAGUUCUGAAUUUCAUAUUCAGAUGAUAGUGCUUUCUGUGAAAGCCGUAAGUUAAAUGAAUUAAACAGUGGAGGGGGGGAAUAAGCUUUUUGCCUACCUGUUGAUACCUUAUCAAGUCUUGGUGGAUUAGCUUGCAGUCUGGGGUACUAAAUAAUUUGAAAAUUCCUUAUGCCUUUUACGGUUUUGUGUGGGCGUGCCAGGAUUUUUCUGAUGCCAUUUGGAGUACCUAAGAAGCCAUUUAAUUUCAUGCAAAACUACUAUUUUCUUUUGCAAUGCCUUGGCUCAGCAUAUGGAACCUAUUUGGAUUUCAAAGAAAAUCAAUUUCUGCCUUCCUCUGUGCUGCAUGGAAAAAUUAUAUACGUUUCAUGACCAAAAACCAAAACGGCUACUAUAAACCUAUGCAGUAAGUCACCGUCAAGUGUGAUGUGAAGAAGAGACCCGAAUACAAUUCAUACUCCCAGUGCUAUGAAUUCCCCAAAGACUGAGCACACAACAUGGAACAGUUAAACGUCUCCGAUAAUUUAAGUGCCUGUAAUCUUGUACUGUAAACUGUAUCUUAGCUAGCUUUAAAAAAGGGAAGUUAUUUAUAUAGUGUUCAGUGUACUUUUACUUGCUACAUACCUGCUCUUUUGUAUAUGUGUAAACAUAACAUACUCACAUCUGAAAAUAAUGAAACUUAAUAAUCAUAUUCAAGGUGAAUGUGACUUGCAGAAAUGUUGGAUAGUCUGUCAAAGUAUGUGCAUGGAUAUUACAAAGAUAUAAAAAUUUCCCUUUUAGAGGCAUUCAUUAAGACCCUUAAUGCAAUAUUAGAGUGAAUUCAAAUAAAUGUGAGGAUGUGUUAAAUUUUUGUUCUAUAGGUUGCAAACAGUAAAUGGUCAGGCAAAGGAUUGCAGUAUUUUUUUUUAAUUUAUAGAUGUACAAAUCUUAUUUAACAUUUCCUUAAAUCAUUGCUUUUUCAGUGAUGCCUUUAAAGUAUUAGUAUCAGCUGAACAGUUCACGGGAUACAUAAGCUAUGAAUUAAUUUAUUUUGAAUGCAGCAAGUCACAGACAAUAUUGUGCCACAGAUCUUGAGCAAAGGUGUGUCAUUUCUUUUCCGUCCAGUACCAGGAAAGCAAUCGGGCUGACGUUCUAAAAUGUCUUUUUGUUUUGUUUUGCACAGGUAGCUGGUAAAUAUUUGCCAUAAAUCAAAUUAUUACACUAGACUACUGCUUUCAGGGAACGCUUUCCACCGUUAACUGACGUGUUUAAGAACUUCUGCAUGGAUUGCUGUUUGUCAGAGAGUAUUUUGAAGAUUCAAGAAUUGUUUGUAGGUACACUCAGUCCACUUGCUGGGCCUGUUUGGCCUCAAUAUUACAUUCUCGUAAGCCGAGUAUAUACUCUAGGACACUUUCAGCUGUCCACUAUGGCUCUGAAUAGCAGAGGAAGAUCAGUAGUGGUAGACAAGUGGUCUCGGGAAGCCUGUCUGCUUUUACUGAUCAUCUUGAGGCACCUCUAACGUAAUCCUUGAGGAACCCCAGGAUUCCUGGGAGUGCAGAUUGAAAACUGAUGUAGGCUAUAUUAAAAUACAAUGUUAACAAAUAUAUGUUUACGAGUUUUGUCAGAAUAGUUGGUGAGGUGUAUAUUUUCCAUCAUCCAGAAUGGAAUAUUUGUUUUCUUGUUUUAAGUGCCAUGUAAGUUGGGUAGCUUUUUUAGUGGUGCAUUAUAUGCUGACAAUUAAUUUUAAUAUUGACUUGAGAAUCUAAAAUAAAGCAAAUGGCAAUACUAUCUCAGAGCCACUGGGUUACAUACAAA